UCUUUAAAACUUUCUAAUUCUGCGACACAUGCUCAUCGCAAGGACGCCAUGUAUCUACCGUUCGUUAUUAUCCCACUACUGUACGCCCUUUCCAUCAGGGGAUCACCGAUCAAUAAGGAAUCAGGUUUUAACCAUCCAGGAUUUAAGAAGCUAAGCAGUUUCAAAAGGGCAAUACUCGAAAGUGAUGACGCGAAUACGUUGGAUAAAAUCUUCAUCGUAAACGAAGCGCACGACAAGCAGGACUUGUUCGAGGGAGACAUUGCGCUGAGCAGCAACGAUCACGUGGACACAAGCGAGCACGGAGACACAGACGGCAAACCAUCGUCUGCUCACAAACGCAACGCACAGCGCGCGCGCAAUGGAUUGUGGAGGGGUAGACGUGUACCAUAUACCUUUAGCGCCGAAAUCUCAGCUUCAGAUCAAGAGUCGUUCCGCGCCGCAGUGACCGAAUUUAACUCACAUUCAUGUCUCAAGUGGGUUCCAAAAACAGACGAGAAAAACUGGGUGGUGAUUGUUAACAAAGGCGGAUGUUACUCAAGUGUGGGUAUGCUUUAUUGGCGUGAAGGUGGACAAGAUCUAUCGCUCGGCAGCGGUUGCUAUAGCGUCGGUACUAUUAUGCAUGAGAUGUUACAUGCGUCCGGAUUUUGGCACGAGCAGUCCCGGACAGACCGGAAUCAGUACGUGGAGGUGAUGUGGGAAAACAUUGACGAUGGAAAGGCUCACAACUUUAACAAGUAUUAUCACGAGUCUCUGGACAUGCUCGGGAAACCAUACGAUUACGACAGUAUCAUGCACUAUGGCAAGUACGGAUUCAGUAAGAAUAAUAAGCCCACACUUCAAGCCGUAGGGGAUCCCAACAAGAACUUUGGUCAGCGCAGCGGGUUCAGUGCCAAUGAUAUUCUCGAGCUGAACAUUCUGUACGACUGUGCAACUCCCACCGGCGGCUGGAGCUCCUGGGGAUCUUAUGGUCCGUGCGACAGCAGCUGCCACAAAUACCGACAGCGAUUCUGUACCAACACCAACCUGACCGAAUGCCCUGGGGUGAAUAUGUACGGCAUUGAAACGGAUAUGGUGCAAUGCCCACAAGCGGAAUGCAAUGCGCCUGUUGACGGUCACUGGGGCCGCUGGGCAUCCUGGGGUUCGUGCAGUAAAACAUGUGGCAAUGGCAUUCACACCAGAACGAGGCUGUGUGAUGAUCCAGCACCAAAGAACGGUGGGAAAGCCUGUGAAGGAACUAGUACCCAGUCGCAAGUCUGCAAAGCACGGACGUGUGGACUAGGUCCCGACGAUUGCGAAUUUGAUGCUAACGGCUGGUGCUUUUGGACCCAGGACUCCUCGGACACUAGUCCUACACCAUGGAUUCGUAACCAGGGCACUACGUCCAGUUCUGACACAGGGCCCUCCGGCGAUCAUACUUCUGGGUCAGGAUAUUACAUUUAUGCCGAGACAUCAUCCCCAGUUGCACAAGGCCAGACCGCGCGCCUUCUGAGUAAAGAUUUUCCCGCCACAUCUGGCCGCUGCAUUAGUUUCUGGUAUCACAUGUACGGCGCCGGAACAGGAGCGCUAAACGUUCUCGUGAAAAACGCGGCGGGAGAAACGAAGAUAUUCGGUUUAACGGGCGAUCAAGGGAACUCUUGGAAGCAGGAAAAGGCCAUUAUACCAGCGCAGUCCGGAACUUAUAAGAUUGUUCUGGAAUCUGUGCGUGGAGCUGAUUACCGCGGUGAUACUGCACUGGAUGACAUCAAAUUCAUGUCGUGCGGGGUUCCUGUGGCUACGGAGGCGCCUACAACGGCAGUCGUAACCGUCCAGCCGGACGAAACCUGUGACUUUGGUACAUCCGCUCCCACCCUCUGUUUGUGGAGAAACGACAAGAACAACACGCCAACUAAUGACGGCGUAUACAACUUCAACUGGUUCUCACACAAUGGACCGACCGGAAGUGCUAACACAGGGCCCCCAAGCGGCCGGGGUGGAUCGGGUUAUUACAUCUACUUAGAGACUUCCAGUCCUUUCCAGCCGGGUAUGAAGGGUAGGUUACUAAGCAGAGAGUUCAGCCCAUCGGAUAACAUGUGCCUAGAGUUCUGGUACAAUAUGUACGGCUCGUCUGUUGGCGCCCUCACCGUAUACAUAAAGACGGCCGAGCAAGAGCAGGCGGUCUGGAGCCGAGAGGGAGACCAAGGGCAGAACUGGAUACAGGCAAAAGGGAUAAUCGCCUCCAAGGUGGCUUUCAAGAUUGUGUUUGAAGGAACUCGCGGCUCAAGUUACACAGGAGAUAUUGCGCUUGAUGACGUCAAAGUUAGCUUCACAACGUGCACAUAAAGACUUGUACAAAAGGAAACCCAAUCAGACUACUGUGGCCUAACUAAGACGAGGCUACAAUAAAUAAAAGUUACAUUGUCAUGAGCCCUUUGCUGAAAAGACAUAUAUGGAUAUGCCAAUAAAUAAAUAACCUUG